AUGGCGCCGGCGACCGGCCUCGACGACAACCCGUUCCUCUCGCUCGGCACCGUCGCCCUCUCUCCCCCACAUCGCCACCUCUCGCCAGCCUACAGCAGCCUCGUCACCUCGCCCAGCUGGCUCGCCCGCUACGACAUCCUCCAGCACCUCGGCGACCCGCCGGGACCGGGCGCAGGAGGCGGCACCUUUGCGGGCGGCGGCCACCGCGUCGUGCGCGAGGCGUACGGCUCGACUGGCUGCGUCAACGCCAUGGCCUGGGAGGAAGGCGGCAACCAGGCAAGGCUCGCAACCGCAGGAGACGACACCAAGAUCUGCAUCUGGUCGCCGGGCCUCGACACGCCGCACAACUCGCAAAACGGCCCCGUCAUUUCGCCCGCACCGGGCUACGGCCUCGCCGAGACGAUCGCGACCGGCCACCGCGGCAACGUGUUCUCGCUCAAGUGGGCCCCCAACCUCGCCUCGCGCCUCAUCAGCUGCGCCGCCGACGCCCAAGUGCGCGUGUACGACCUGUCGUCGACGACCAACCCGCGCCUCAACCCGUCGACCGUCACGCCACCGCCCGACUCGCCGCACCAGCCCUGGGUCCACCACGAGCCGUCGACGGCGUGCACGACCGUCCUGCGGUGCCACACCGACCGCGUCAAGCGCAUCGCGACCGAGGCCUCGUCCGACGUCUUCCUCACUUGCGCCGAGGACGGCACCGUCAGGCAGCACGACCUCCGCACGCACCACGUCUGCCGCCGCAACCGCUUCGACAACGACCCGGGCGACUCGACGUGCCCGCCGCCGCUCGUGUCGUACGGCCCGGGCCUGUCGCUCUACUCGCUCACGAUCAGCAAGAUGCGCCCGCACCUGUUCGUCGUCGCCGGCACGUCGCCCUUUGCCUACCUUCACGACCGACGCAUGGUCGGCCGCACGAUGCAGCGCGACUGGCACCUUGCUCCCUCGUCCCUCUCGCCCUCGUCGUCCCUGACGCAGUGCGUCCGCCGCUUCGGCCUCCCUGACGACCCGGACCCGUACGCCCACAUCGUCGCCGCCAAGCUGUCGCCGACCCGCCCGAGGGACCUCCUCGUCAGCUACUCGGCCAAGGGCAUCUACCUGUUCGACACGGACGCCGACACGGUCGAGGAGCUCGAGCUCGCCGACGAGAAGGAGGAGCGCAAGGGCAUCGGGCGCGAGCGCGAGCGCGAGGAGGACGAGUCGGACUACGAGUCGGACGACGAGGUCUUUGGCGUCGAGGGAGGCGUCCGACCCGCUGCCGUCGAGCGGCCGGCGAAGCGCACGAGGGAUACGACGGCGCCGCAGACGCUCGCAGCGCCGUCGUCGCCGACCGUCGGGCCGUCGCAGCCGCCGAAGCGGGCGCGGGAGGAGGUUGAGGGGCAGGGCCCGGCGGCGGUCGGCGGGUCGAUCGGCUCCCGGGACGCAGAGUCGGAGGGAGAGGUGGACGAGGGCCCGGACGAGCUGAGCGAGGGGGAGCAGGCGUCGACCGACGAGGACGGCUGGGCGUUGGAAGGCGACGAUGACGAGCCGGCCGACGACCCGUACGCCGGCGAGCCGAUGUACCAUCCUGAAGCACCGCUCGUCGGGCCCGUCAAGCACUACACCGGCCUGGCCAACACGCAGACGGUCAAGGACGUCAACUUCCUCACGCCCGAUCUCGUCAUCUCUGGCUCGGACGACGGCAACUUCUUCAUCUGGGACCGCGAGUCCGAGGAGAUCAAGGCCAUCUACAAGGGCGACGACGACGUCGUCAACGUCAUGCAGCCGCAUCCUCGCCUUCCGCUCGUCGCCAUCUCGGGCAUCGACUCGACGCCCAAGCUCUUCGGCCCCACGACCGACGCCGCAGCCGCGUCACGCGCCAACCUCGUCCGCGACGUCGAGCGCAUCAAGCGUCGGAACGCCUCGGGCGAGACCGACCGCCGUUCGCGCCUGGGUAUGGGCGGGCUCGGCGGCAUCACGCGGGACGAGCUCCUCAAUCUGCUCUUUGCGCGCGGUGCGGCGGCCUUUGACGACGGGCAGGACGAGGUCACGGGCGACUCGAGCUAUUUCUACUGCAUGCCUGAGCGCAAAGGCGCGCCGUAA